AUGUUGUCCGAGUUCCGAAUAGUUAGGGCUGUCCGAGCCGAAUCCCUGUCGAUUAUUCUCUUCACCUACUCCCUUUCAUAUUCUUCGUUUCAUCCGCCAUCACAAGUAACUGGUCGAUCAGUUCCUCAACUGCAAAUCUCUUCAUCUGGCCAUAUAGUCGAUGUCAGCAUCGUCGACAGUACCGCUCGCAUCACAAUCCCGCUGCAGGCUUGCAUAAAGGAUCCUCUCCAGGCAACGACUGCAGGGCCCGGCGUACACGUUCCUGGUAGAACAUCCCUCCAGCAAGAAUACUCUUUCUAUCUCGGUGCUUGCAAGGGUGCCGAUGGGUUCGCGUCCACCGUGCUCAAUGCAGCCAAGGUGAGAAUCCCCUCGACGUGGUGGAUGAUAUCGCAGGGAUCUUGGAACAUGGUCGAGUGGUCACUGGCAUCGCCCACCUUUCCUUCGACGACGGGGCUUGCGGUAGGUCCAGGAUUCAAAGAUGCUCUGCUUCCUGGCUACCCUGCCAAUCCUGAACCUCGAAUCCUCGAUACGAACUAUCAGAGCCGCGAGCUGCGCGAAGUAAACUUCGAUCAAGGCCUCCAACUCGGCCGGUUCCGCCGCACACCUUCAGCCACAUCUGCUCCUAGCCCGAACCACCUCAUCCGCAUUCAUCUUCAUGGGCGCCGAUACCUGCCACCACUAUGGCUCCUUUCGUCCUACAAACACGUAUCCUCGCCCGAUCAAAUCUCACCAUUGCCAUUCUCUAAUCCGCGCAUCUAG